UUGAACUCCUGAGCUCAAGCAAUCCGCCUGCCUUGGCCUCGAAAAGUGCUGGGAUCACAGGCGGAGUCACUGCACCUGGCCCGACGCUGUUCUCCAGAGUCACCCUGCGCGCUCCGGCCACACAGCCUUUGCAUCGGCGAUUUCCACAGCCAGGAAUGCUGGUCCUCCAGAAUAUUUCUAAGCAUGCUUCCUCACUUCCUUCAGGACUUUUCUGGAAGUGCUUCUCAGUGAGGCCUUCCUCGAUGAUCAAUCCUAUAUAAAAUAGCAACCUCCAUCUCUGCUGGUAUUCAGGGGCCGGCUCGCCCUGCUGUAAGUUUUUCAUAGUAAUCGCCAACAUCAUGAAUUGUCUUUGAGGGGUUUUCUGUCUCCCCACAACUUGAACGCAAUCUUCAUGAGGACAGGGACUUUAUCACCCACCCCCGGUUUUUUUUUUUUUUACUGCAAAACCUAGAACAGCGCUUGGUGGGUAGUAAGUACUCAAUAAAUGUUUGUUGGAUGAAUCCAAUAAGUAAACAAGACAGAGGACACAUGUAGGGAUCCGUCUGUGAACCUUGAGCCCCUGGCUCCUGAGUCCGGCAGUGGGUGCAGUGGCAGCUCCUGUCUGUGAGGGCCCCAGAGGCCGGCAACAGGAUGCCUCCUUGGAAAAUUCACUCAACGCCUUUGCCGCUGAGGCUGUUCCUCUGGGAUGAUCUCUUUGGGGGAUCAUGCUUGGAUAUUUGUCUCAAAGAGUCCCAGGCCAAACCUCAGGGACCUCAGAGCAUUUAGAAAAUUAACACCUCUGCGAGCCUGGUCCAGGCAGAUCCCGUGCAGACGGGAGUUUGUCCCCUUCCGGUCCCCGAGGUCCUGGCUAUGGCCAGCAUGGAGUGACCUGCGUGACCUCUGAGUGCCAGGCAAGGGUUCAGCAGCCAACUCCUCAACUACUUCUGCAGGAUGCUGGCAGCAUAGCCAGCGAGAUGGUUGGAAGCCGUCAGGGCACAGAGAAGGGGCCGAGGGUGCCCUGAGUGUGCAUGGGGGGCAGCCCUGCUGCAGUCCAAGCCUUUGAUUCCCAAGCUCUGUGCAGUUCCCCCUGGACCCUGCCAUGUGGCCCAGCCACCCAUACCUGGGAUAGGGGCAAAGCCAAGCUACUGUCUCCUCCACAGGGAGGCAGCCUGUUUGCUUUGUCCGUUUGCCUUUGCAGAGACCUCGAUCCUCAUGCAAGACAAGCAGCGGCCCUUGUAGGCACACGAGACAAUCCCAAGUGCCAGUGGGAAGGAGAUCCCUUUCCUGAUGGGGCUGCCUCUGCCCAGUCCCUCUCAGCUUCCCCAGGGCCCUGGGGCUCUGCAGGCAUUCAGAAGUGGAAGCCAGCCACAGCCCGGGACUGAAGAGGUUAAUGUGCAGCUGCCUCCGAAUGUUAAUGUGUCUAGGUGAUGUCAGUGAGAGCCGCAAAGGAGGGAGUAGGGAGGGCAGUUGGGCUUGGAGGCGGCAGCGGCUGCCAGGCUGCUGAGGAAGACCCCCUUCCCGACUGCGGGGCUUGCGCUCCUGGACAAGGUGGCAGGCGCUGGAGGCUGCCGCAGCCUGCGUGGGUGGAAGGGAGCUCAGCUUGGUUGUGGGAGCCGGCGACCGGCACUGGCUGGAUGGACCUGGAAGCCUCGCUGCUGCCCACUGGUCCCAACACCAGCAACACCUCUGAUGGCCCCGAUAACCUCACCUCGGCAGGAUCACCUCCUCGCUCAGGGAGCGUCUCCUACAUCAACAUCAUCAUGCCUUCGGUGUUCGGCACCAUCUGCCUCCUGGGCAUCAUCGGGAACUCCAUGGUCAUCUUCGCGGUCGUGAAGAAGUCCAAGCUGCACUGGUGCAACAAUGUCCCCGACAUCUUCAUCAUCAACCUCUCAGUGGUGGAUCUCCUCUUUCUCCUGGGCAUGCCCUUCAUGAUCCACCAGCUCAUGGGCAAUGGGGUGUGGCACUUUGGGGAGACCAUGUGCACCCUCAUCACAGCCAUGGAUGCAAAUAGUCAGUUCACCAGCACCUACAUCCUGACCGCCAUGGCCAUUGACCGCUACCUGGCCACCGUCCACCCCAUCUCUUCCACGAAGUUCCGGAAGCCCUCUGUGGCCACCCUGGUGAUCUGCCUCCUGUGGGCCCUCUCCUUCAUCAGCAUCACCCCCGUGUGGUUGUAUGCCAGACUCAUCCCCUUCCCAGGAGGUGCAGUGGGUUGCGGCAUCCGCCUGCCCAACCCGGACACUGACCUUUACUGGUUCACCCUGUACCAGUUUUUCCUGGCCUUUGCCCUGCCCUUCGUGGUCAUCACGGCCGCAUACGUGAGGAUCCUGCAGCGCAUGACGUCCUCAGUGGCCCCCGCCUCCCAGCGCAGCAUCCGGCUGCGGACAAAGAGGGUGACCCGCACAGCCAUCGCCAUCUGCCUGGUCUUCUUUGUGUGCUGGGCACCCUACUAUGUGCUACAGCUGACCCAGUUGUCCAUCAGCCGCCCGACCCUCACCUUUGUCUACCUGUACAAUGCGGCCAUCAGCUUGGGCUAUGCCAACAGCUGCCUCAACCCCUUUGUGUACAUCGUGCUCUGCGAGACGUUCCGCAAACGCUUGGUCCUUUCGGUGAAGCCUGCAGCCCAGGGGCAGCUUCGCGCUGUCAGCAAUGCUCAGACGGCUGACGAAGAGAGGACAGAAAGCAAAGGUACCUGACACUUCCCCUGCCGCCCUGGACACCUCCAAGUCAGAACACCACAGCAAGCCGUGGGGAGAGAUGCCGAGAGAAACCCAAGACCGCUCUGGGGCAAUGCAGGAAGGUCAGGUGGUGAGGGUUGUUGCAAUGAAAUAAAUACAUUCCAUGGGGCCCACACAUUGCUGGGGAGGCCUGGAGUCAGGUUUGGGGGUUUCAGACAUCAGAAAUCCCUUUGGGGGAGCAGGAUUAGACCUUUGGAUAGAACAGAAGCUGAGCAAGAGAAGAUGUUGGUUUGGAUCAUCGGUUGCACUAUAUCUGCGAGCUCUCAAAUGUCUUCUUCUCAAGGCAAGAGGUGGAAGGCUACUGACUCGGUUUGUUUCAAGUCAGGCAGGGCUGGAGUGUGAGCAGCCGGGACCAUGUUGCACAAGGCCUGAGAGACGGGAAAGGGCCCGAUAGCUCUUUCCCCCCUCUCACUGGUGUGAUGGAAGGCGGCCUUUCUCCCAAGCUGGUGGAUAAUGAAAAAUGAAGCAUCCCAUCUCUCGGCAUUCCAGCAGCCUGUCCAUUUCCCUUUUGCUCUAGAGGAUGCGUGUUUAUUUGAGGGGCUGUGGCACUGAGCCCACAGGAGUAAAAGCCCAGUUUCCUAGGAAGUCUGCUUACUGAGAAUGACAGGGAGAUCUGGGGUGGGUGUGGUUGGGGGGUCUUAAAACUACUAAAAGUUGGCGGCGGGGGGCUUUUGCAGCUUUGGUGACAUUCUCUCCACGGGGCACAUUUGCUCAGUCGCUAAUCCAGCGUGAGUGUCCGUGUGUUCUGCAUGUGCAGGGGCCAUUCUAGUGCCCGGUGUGUUGGCAUCAUCUUCUUGCUCUAGCCCUUCCUCUCCAAAAUAAAAACAAAUAAAGGAAAAUCUCCACCCACA